AUGUCGCAAACGGCUGUCGAGUUCAAGAACCAGGGAAACAAGGCCUUUUCCUCUGGCGAUUUCCCCACGGCAAUCACCUUUUACAGCAAGGCCAUCGACGCAGAUGCCUCCGAGCCCACGUUUUUCACCAACAGAGCCCAAGCAUACAUCAAGACAGAAGCAUACGGAUAUGCCAUUGCCGAUGCCACCAAGGCCCUCGAGAUCAACCCGAAGUUGGUCAAGGCAUACUUCCGCCGAGGCCUCGCCCGCACUGCGAUUCUGAAACCCAAAGAUGCGAUUGAAGACUUCAAGGAGUGUGUCCGGCUGGACCCCAACAACAAGGACGCGCGACUCAAGCUGGAGGAAUGCAAGAAGAUUGUGCGCCAGCUGGCCUUCUUCGCCGCCAUCGAAGUCGGCGAUGAGCCAUCGGCUGCGGAGGGGCUUGAUUUGGAGUCCAUGGCCUUGGAGGAUGGCUAUGACGGAGUAAAACUCGGAAGCGAGAUGACACAGGAAUUUAUCGACGACAUGAUGGAGAGAUUCAAGAAUGGCAAGCUCAUUGCGAAGAAAUACGUCUACCAGAUCAUCAUUGCCGUCAAGAAAAUCGUAUACGAGGAGCCCACCAUGGUGGAGGUGGAAGUUCCCGAGGGAGUCGAGCUGACUGUCUGCGGUGAUACCCACGGCCAGUACUUUGACCUCAUGGAAUUGUUCCGACGAAACGGUGUUCCAUCGGAUAAGCACUGGUACUUGUUCAACGGCGAUUUCGUCGACAGGGGUUCUUGGUCUACCGAGAUUGCGUUACUACUCUACGCCUACAAGUGGCUACGGCCCAACAACUUCUUCCUGAACCGAGGAAAUCACGAGACGGAUGACAUGAACAAGGUCUAUGGCUUUGAAGGAGAAUGCAAAGCCAAGUACAACGACAGGAUUUUCAGGCUAUUCUCCGAGAGUUUCUCAGCGUUGGCCCUGGCCACAUUAAUCGGAUCCAAGUACUUGGUUCUCCACGGAGGUUUAUUCUCCGAUGAUAAAGUUACAUUGGACGACAUUCGCAAGCUGAACCGACAUAGCCAGCGACAGCCUGGUCAGUCAGGUCUGAUGAUGGAGAUGCUGUGGACCGAUCCUCAAGACGAGCCCGGCCGAGGACCCAGCAAGCGAGGAGUCGGCAUGCAGUUCGGCCCCGAUGUCACCAAGAGAUUUUGCGAGAACAAUGGUCUAGAGGCCGUCAUUCGAAGUCACGAAGUGCGCAUGGAUGGCUAUGAAGUGCAGCACGAUGGCAAAUGCAUUACUGUCUUCUCUGCUCCGAGAUACUGUGACUCAACUGAGAACAGGGGCGCUUACAUCAACAUUGGACCUGAUUAUAAGCUUCGGUACGAGCAGUUUGAUGCGGUACCGCACCCAAACAUUCGGCCAAUGGCCUAUGCUCAAAGCUCUCUAAUGUCGUCCCUUAUGUAA